GUACCGGCACCGCCUCUAAUAUAUUGAACGUGUGUUAUACACGCUACCGCGGUACCUAGCACCUGUAAUGUUCCACCACACGCGGGAGAUAACAACACCCACUCCCUGCUAACUGCUCAUAAUCAUCAGAAAAAUAGCCGGAAUUUAGAAAAAGAUCGUUGAAUUCCUGGAUAAACGGGUGUAUUUUUCAAAGGAAUAUUUUUUUUCUGUGCAAUGGAGGAAUAAAGAAACGCAUUUUCCAAGAUGAUGUCCACGCGCUCACGUACACAAAUACCGCUUGCCACGGCGACGGUCGGCCCACAAAGUUGGAGCGAUGCUACGGUGAAAGAAAUCAAAAUUUCUCAGGCGGCUGUAGAGAAAACUGACACAGGCCAAGAAGUUGGACGAUCGUUUGAUGCCUUGCCAUCCCUUCGAGAUAAUUGUGCACAGCAGAGUAACACAGUUGUUCACCAGUAUGUCAGAGAAUGCAGAAUAUCACUCGUCAAACUCAGGGACAGUUUUCUUGAAACCAAUGAAGAAGUCAAAAGUUUAAUACGAGGGAAGGAGGCACUGGAGAAGCAAUUGGAACACAUUCGAAAAGACAUUGCCCUCAAUAAGAUGAGCACAGAAAUCAGAUGUACACGGCCAUCAAGAGAAAGGGGAAGGGAUGGUGCCGACAACGUUAUGGAGAAAGAAUUCCGACAUCUCCAUCAACUGAAAAAGGCUCUUGAAUUGCAACUACGCUCAGUUCAGAAACAACUUCAGGUCUUGGAUCAGUGUCGAAAGCGACUCAGUGCUGUCAUCCAAGAAAGGAACAGGGUCCUAGACCUUCUAUGCCACGCCGUCUCAUCCGUCAAUGGACGUGCUUCCCGCGGCGGCGGACGCGUCUCUCGCCAGGACAAGACCAUGACCUUUGGCGGCAACGGCAUGGGCUACACUCGCCAGGUCAACGGCAACGUUGCGGAGCUACUAGGUACAGGAGCCUCCCCACCAGAUGCAGAGAAUCGGUCGGGGACGCCCCCUCCGGACCCUCUGGGUCCUUUCACCCCAGAAGCAGCAGCGGCUAUCGCUCAGGCCCGGGAAGCUCGUCAACGCUCACAGUUCCUGCGCAAAGACAUUCGUGAUGCCAUUGAGAAUACUCAGCAGCUACAGCAGGCUGCACACAGAGCCGUCAAUGAUGGCCUCAACCAGAAAGUGGCAGAGACUAUCACACUGAAGCAACAUCUAACGGUCGCUGCUGGUGAGAACCGCCAUUCCAUCCACCGUGCCCAGCGCUGGUACGAUUCCACCGAGAAGGCCCUGGGCUACACCAUUGGGCCUGAGCUGCAGUCCGACCUGGAGACCAGGGAGAAGCUGACCCGCCCUAUAGUCCGGGUCUUCCAACGACACCCGGGCACAAACCUACCAGAAGCACAGGGUAUCAUUAGGGGCGCUGCUGGCCUGGACGAAUCGCUCCUCAGGACUAGUCGCAACAUCGGCCUCCUGCAGCUGGCCCAGGGUCGUCUCCAAGGUGAUAUCCGACACAAGCACGCCGGUGCCAGCGUCGACUCCGCCAUCGUACGGGGGCGACGUCGCCUUGCCAACCACCGAUGGGUGAUGGGAAGCGUUUGAUUUUUUCCCGUCUGUCAGGUGGUGUUGCCAGUGUGCAGAAGAAAAAAAAAAAAAGCAAUAUAUUCUUCUCUUUUUAAUGAAAGAAAUCAUGUAAAGUAUAUCUGAUAAACACAUUUGUAUAAAGUGCGGAGAUGAUUCUAUCAUGUGAGGUAUAUUGUAUUUUAAUUCCUAGGGAGUCCAUAGUACGAUGACCUAAAGGAGUCUGGAUUAUCUAACAAGACAACAAAGAGUAAUUUCAGAGCAACUGUAAAAUAUCUCAUUAAGUUCAGAAAAUGUUUCUAUCUGUCCUAAUUGAGCAUCACUAGCAAGUUAUCUAAAUAUUAAAUAAAAUAAUAUAAUAUUAAGAAUAUAUAGUUUAAAAUUACUAGUCAUACAAUGUCUUGAUAUGCUAUUUAUUGCAUUAUAGAAAUGAUGACAAAUUAAACAUUUGUGAAUAAAUUGCAUGUAAAUCGAAUGAAGUGUCACAUUUUAAUCUGCUAGGAAGUGUAAGUGUGCAAAGCACUAUAGUUUUAUGUCAAAGGUCACUCUGGUUCUAAAUAUGCUGUGAAUGAUUUGGAAUGAAGUGGAAUAUAUGGGACUUUUCGUUACAUUGUUAGGAGUUUAAAAAUGGUUGCACCUUGAAGAAAGUGUUGAUGUCUAGUCUGUUUUAUGUUGUACAGCUCAUUCUCAGACCUUUAUUUUUCAUAGGAUGAAAUGAAGGCAGAUUUCAUGAGGACAGCUAGUAGUCUUUCAUAUAAAAAAGGAGGAGCAUUAAUAGACCACUCUGCAUGCACAAACAUUGUAGAAAUAAAAGAGGCUACUGAACGGCAAGUUUAGAACAGGGUAAUAAAAUUUGCAUUUUGGGUGUAUCUAUUAAGCCCUUAUUGGCCGCUAUAUUCACCUUUGUAUAAAUAAUAAAGCAUAAUGCUUAGGACGCUAAAGCUAGCAUGUAAGAUUAUUUCAAGAUAUCGGCCUUUCAAUGCGAUUUGAUUGUGCUGUAGAGGAUAUCUUUCAUAGACCUUCUUCCAACCUUGAGGGUAUUCAAUGGUUGGAUGGAGAAAACCAAAAUCUUCAAUGAGUUUUUUUUCACUACAUGGAAGAGGUGACAAAGUUAUUAUUAUGAAAAUGAUUAUCAAGUCACUUGAAAAUUCUCCAGUGAGGCAGAAAAAAAAAGAUUAUCAUAUUGUGGGGUUUUUGCUGUGUGCAUGCAAAGAAUUUUUUUUUAUCAGGGUUCCGUUUGGAGCAAGAAAAUCAUCAUAUCAUGAUUCCUUACGACAUUCCAUUGCAUGCAAAAGUUCAUUUAUGCCGAUAUAGAUAAGAGAUGAAUUGCUUUUUGUAUUUUUUGUGAGAUUUGAACCGAAGAAGACGGUAAUAGACGCAAAAUCAAAGUUAUAUGCCUUAUAGUUUGGAGAAUGCCUUCACCGACUAGUCUAAAUUGAGAGAAAAAAUUGCCAAUUGUCUUUGUGCCUUGCAAAAUAUUAGUUGCAAAAAUUUCUUGACUAUAGGUUGGGAAAUAAUGUGUAUUGAGUAUACCUUAGAAUAUACUAUUGUUCUGAUCCUACAGUAAACAUGUUGUGUAUAUAUACAGCUGCCUUAUAUAUUUGUAAAUAAGAUGCACGAUUGUACAUCAUCAAUAUUAUUAAUCAACGAGGUUUGUGCUAAUUUUUCUUUUCCGUCCAUGCUAUCUACUUGAAAGCUGCGCUGUAAUAUUGAUUCAGUAAUAAUUCUAUGAAACGAUUAUAUAUUCUAUGCAUGAGAUAAAUUAUGAGUGCUUUCUUUUUCUGUGAACUAUGCAAUCAUACCAAUACAAAUCUUUAGUAUUACAAUUUUAGUAUUUAGAUAAAUUAUCUAUGCAUCAGUGGUAAUAUUUUAGCCUGUUAAUUCCAUGACAGGUCUGAAAAUGUCUUAAUUGUCUUAAAAUGGACAGUCCAAUUGACUAUCAAGUUUGUGAUCAUAGAGAUAUGUCUUUUGCAAGCUUUUUGAAAAGUUGUGUGUAGCUUCAAGUUCAUACACUUUAGUCAGAUAUUGUUGUUAGUCAAUAUUUCAAGUAGCAUUAAGAAUUACCAUGAAUCUGUGACCAUAUUUACAAACAAAAUUGUUCUAAAUUGUGCUCCAUAAAUCACUAAAGUUACACCAGGAUUCAGUUAGUCCACCUUUAUCUUGUUAAAGAUUAUAAGCCAAAAUGUCUAAUUCUAUGGAUGUAGAUAUUAAUAUGACAUAAUAUUGUGUUUGAUAAAAUACGGUCAUGCAUAUUUUCCUUAUACCAUUGAAAUCCAUGUUGCAUAAACAGAAAGAUGAUGAAGAAAUUGUAAACAUGAAAGUUCAGUGACACAAUUUGGUAAAUCAUGCAACUAGUUCAAUGAUAUGUUUUGGGAUUUUCCUCAACAAGUUACUGCUAAAAGACAGUAGCACACCGGUUUUCCAAAUAACAGGUAUUGGAUCAAUGGUGAUUUUUUUUUUUUUUUUUUUUUUUUAAUUGUUUGAAUUCAUGAGAUGAGGAGAGCCAGAAGUAAAAUAACAAGUUUUGAUAAUGCCUUUCAUCCUCUCUACAGACGAAAUUGUCUGCUCAGGGAAUGAACAUCAUUUUAAAACAGAAUUAAUGUCCUUCGAUCUGGCUCUCAACAAUUCAAAGUUCUACCGUAACAUAUUAUUUACAGAAGUUUGGUGUAUUUUCUUAUCUUGCAAACCAUGCAGGUUUACCUAAAACAUUCACUUUUCAUACUGUGCUUUUAUUUCUACAGAAGUUGCAAUAAUUGGUAUUAUUGUUCUGUGCAGUGGAAUUAUAAAGGUAUUAAAAAUAUAUAAAAACACA